AUGGAAGACUCAAAUCUCAGAUUAAAUCUGGCUGAAAAAUAUGUAGUUUUGCUGAGUCAUCUUCCCGGAUCCUCAACUCCUGCGAAAAUCACCAAAUGCGAUAGUAACUUCCCCGCAAUGCGGCAAUUUAUCCUCCUUCUAUCACUUAUUGUAAUAAACCUGGGUACUGUUUUCGCGCAGAAAGAGGCGAAUGAAAAUAUUGAAAAGAAAGGGAAGAUAAGAAGCAGGAGAAAAAAGAGUAAGCUGCCGCCAGAAGAAACAGAGAUUGCCGGCGCGUGGAUUGAAGGAUGCAAAAAUUGUAAUAUCUGGCUGCCAGAUUUCGUGAAAAACGAGUUGGACCUCUGGCAAAACUUUGGAUUUAAAGAUAAUCACGGGUCAAGCAAGCUUGUUAUCAAGUUCCACAAUUCUUACAAGGAUGUUCUGGUCGAAAUGGAUAUUUCUAACUUCCCCGAGAAGAAGCUGAUCGAUCUACUGAAGUCGCAGGGAUUUUUCCGGAAACAAGGACACUCAGAAAAGUUGACGGAGGAUCAAGCGAAAGCACCUUAUAUCAAAUACAAGUGGCCAAAAGAGGAACUUUGA